AUGGUCUGUCUUUCUGAAAUAUGUAUUAUCGGCGGGGGAGUGAGUGGCCUUGCAUCAGCGCUGACACUGGCUAAAUAUCUGUCUACCAGAGAGGAACAUGCCAACAUUACUGUUUAUGAGCUUCGAGAUCUGCCCGCUAGCCUGGGUGGCGCUGUGAACCUGACUCCUAAUGCCCUACGAAACCUUUACAGGCUUGAGGUGCUGCCUCACAUCUAUAAGAACGAAUAUGGCACUGAGGUAGACCGGAUUGAGCUGUUCUCUAACUAUUCUGGCCCCGGCCAGCUUGCUUCGAUGGACUUUGUUGACGCUCAAGGAGAACCCAUGAGCGGGCUAAAAGGGCUUAGGGUGAUGAGGUUGCCUCUGCUGUUGGCCAUGAUCAACGCUAUCGAUGAUACAGCUCUUGCUGGUAUCACUUUAAACAUCGUCUAUGGCAAAAAGCUUGUCAAGUUAGAACAUUCUAAUGCUCAGGGGGAGGGAAAGGUACAAGUUUCGUUUGAAGACGGAACUGUAGUCGAAGCAGACCUCGUUUUGGGCUGCGACGGUAUUCAUUCGAAGACACGAAUGAGCUAUGUCGACCCCGACCGAGUACCUGUCUACACUGGCAUCUCUGUCGCCCAGGGGUACGUUGCUCGCAAAGAAAUCGCAUCAGACCUUCAUUUCAAAGACACAGGCAUGAUCAUGGCUCGAAGGGGAUCAUUGUUGACCUCCUUCUACGAGUCAACUCGCAAGUUCGUUUACCUAGCCGCGGUGACGGAGUCCAAAGAAGCCCUUUCACGGGACGGAUGGAAGGCCAAGGGGGAGGAUCAAGAAGCUGUCAAAGCCGAUAUCCUUGAUCGGUUCGGCGACUCCAUCUUUCCAUGUGUAAGAGAGAUGAUCACGGCGUCAAAUGGCUGGUACUUAUUUCCGGUAUAUAAGCUCCCACCUGGUGGGAAAUGGUGUACCGAGAGAGUCAUGUUGCUAGGAGACGCAGCCCAUGCCAUGCCGCCACAGGGAGAAAGUAUUGGUAUUGCCAUAGAGGACGCCAUUUUGUUCGCUCGAACCCUUGCAAAAUACCGGUCAUCCCCUCUGUCCGAGACCUUCAGGGUAUACGAAGAGCUGCGCCGGCACCGCAUAGAUGAGCAGUACCAAGAAGCCUCGAGCCGUUGGGAGACUGUUCGCGACUGCGGGUAUAUCGUGACUAAGCUCAAGGAGAUGUUCGUUCCAUGGUGGAUAUGGUGGACAAGCAAAGCCCGAACGGAGACCUUCCUGUCCGAUGCUGAGAGUGUUAUAAUCCCUUGA